AUGACGCCGACCGUGAAGAUCCUGGCGUCCAGGCCGUGCGUCGCGGCAUGCCUGCAUCGCGCGCGCGCCCUCCCCGCCGUCGAUCGCGCUUCAUUGUCGCCGUCGUUGGGGCCGACGGGCUGUCGGGGAGGGAGGCGGUGCGCCGCGCAGGCCGCGGGGCCCCAGACGGCGCUGGCGCCCAGCCGGGAGGAGGUCAUCACUGCGGACCCCGCCAACAACGUGACGGACAACAUCUUCAGCAAGAUCGGCGUGAACCUGCACCAGCAGCGCGGCCACCCACUGUGCACGAUCAAGGAGGCGAUUUACGACUACAUGGACAAGGAGUUUCCAGGCGUAUUUUCUAAGCACGACAACCUCUACCCUGUGGUACCUACCGUAGCCAACUUUGAUGACGUCUUGGUCCCACUGGACCAUGUGUCCCGCUCUCCAAACGAUACAUACUACGUGAACAAAGCCACUGUGCUCCGCUGCCACACAUCUGCUCACCAGGCAGAGCUGCUGAGGAAGGGUGAGGGCAACUUCCUGGCUACGGGCGACGUGUACCGCCGUGACACGAUUGACGCCACCCACUAUCCGGUUUUCCAUCAGAUGGAGGCUGUGCGGGUGAUGAAGGAAGACUACUGGAGAGCCACAGGCCUGGAGCCUGUCGUUGCAUGCGAGAGGGAGCUCAAAGCGACUUUGGAGGGAGUUGCAAGGCACCUGUUUGGCGAUGUGGAGUGCAGGUGGGUGGAUGCAUACUUCCCAUUCACCGAACCAUCCUUUGAGCUGGAGAUCUACUUCAAUGGUGACUGGCUGGAGGUUCUGGGCUGCGGCGUGAUGCAGCAGUCCAUUCUCGACGACAACUACGCUGCAGGCACCAAGGGCUGGGCCUUUGGCAUUGGUCUGGAGCGAUGGGCCAUGGUGCUCUUCGACAUACCUGACAUACGCCUCUUCUGGACAGACGACGAGCGCAUGACCAAGCAGUUCCCACCAGGGGACCUGUCCGCGCGCUUCAAGCCCUUCUCCAAAUACCCACCCUGCUUCAAGGACAUGGCGUUUUGGGUGUCACCCGAGUUUUCAGAGAACAACUUGUGCGAACUUGUGCGCUCGGUGGCAGGAGAUCUUGCGGAGGAGGUGAAGCUGAUCGACGAGUUCACCAACCCCAAGACGAACCGGACCAGCAGGUGUUACCGGAUAUCUUACCGGUCGAUGGAGCGGUCGCUGACGGACGAGGAGAUAAAUGAAGUCCAGUUCCGUGUGCGAGACGCCGUGGCAGAAAAGCUGAAGGUGGAACUCCGAUGA